AUCCAUUAAAGACUCAAGUGAAAACCCAAAAUAGAAGCUCAAUUGCCAUCCUUCAGAUCCAAAAAUCAACGGCCAGGAUCUACCCAACCUCAAACACAGCCUAAUUGGUCCACGUAUUCAUUACACGGAAUAUCAUUGGUCCACGUCAUUAAAUAUGACGCUUUAUUUCUUUUUAAAAUUUCUUCUUUGUUGGAAACUUAGAACUCAAUUCCCACUAAAAAAAGUAAAAACAUCGAACUCCAAACAAACACUCCCCAAAAAUCUGAUUGGUUAAUAACAUUAGCCUCACCCUCUCAUUGGUCCACGUCAUAGUUUCUGACACGUCCCAACCUCAAUCUCUCUCCUCUUCUCUACUUUAUAAAAGCCUUUCUCUCUCUCCUUUCAAAGAGGAAGAGCUCUGUAGAGAGAAACACGAAGCAGAAGAAGAAGGCACAAAACCAGGAGUUAGGAAGAAGAAGAGGAAGCGUCGGUAAACCUACGUCGUUUUAUAUCACCGGCGGAGAUAAUGGCGGUAGCGUGGAAAUCACGCGCAUCUUCGAUCGCAUUCGGCAUCGUUUUGCUCGGUAGUUUGUUUGCUUUCGUUAGCGCGAAAGAUGAAGCUCCCAAGCUUGGGACAGUCAUUGGUAUUGAUCUUGGUACCACCUACUCAUGUGUUGGUGUGUACAAAGAUGGUAAGGUUGAAAUUAUAGCAAAUGACCAAGGUAACCGUAUCACCCCAUCAUGGGUCGCCUUCACCAACGACGAGAGGUUGAUCGGGGAGGCUGCUAAGAAUCAGGCAGCUGCUAACCCCGAGAGGACUAUCUUCGAUGUCAAGAGGCUCAUCGGAAGAAAAUUCGAGGACAAAGAGGUUCAAAAGGACAUGAAGCUUGUACCUUACAAGAUUGUAAACAGGGAUGGAAAGCCUUACAUCCAAGUUAAGGUUCAAGAAGGUGAGACCAAGGUUUUCAGCCCUGAGGAAAUCAGUGCCAUGAUUCUUACCAAGAUGAAGGAGACAGCCGAAACUUUCCUUGGAAAGAAAAUCAAGGAUGCUGUUGUCACUGUUCCUGCUUACUUUAACGAUGCCCAGAGGCAAGCUACCAAGGAUGCAGGAGUCAUCGCUGGUUUGAACGUUGCUAGGAUUAUUAAUGAGCCAACCGCGGCAGCCAUUGCAUACGGAUUGGACAAAAGGGGUGGUGAGAAGAACAUCCUUGUCUUCGACCUUGGUGGUGGAACAUUCGAUGUCAGUGUUUUGACCAUCGACAAUGGUGUUUUUGAAGUUCUUGCAACCAACGGAGACACUCACUUGGGAGGUGAGGACUUUGACCAAAGGCUCAUGGAAUACUUCAUUAAGUUGAUCAAGAAGAAGCACACCAAGGACAUUAGCAAGGACAACAGAGCUCUUGGAAAAUUGAGGAGAGAGUGUGAGCGUGCCAAGAGAGCUUUGAGUAGCCAGCACCAAGUCCGUGUUGAGAUUGAGUCUCUUUUCGACGGUGUUGAUUUCUCUGAACCACUCACCAGGGCUCGUUUCGAGGAGUUGAACAAUGACCUCUUCAGGAAGACCAUGGGACCCGUCAAGAAGGCCAUGGAUGACGCUGGUUUGGAAAAGAACCAGAUUGACGAAAUUGUCCUUGUUGGUGGAAGUACCAGGAUUCCCAAGGUUCAACAGUUGUUGAAGGAGUUCUUCAACGGAAAGGAGCCCAGCAAGGGAGUUAACCCCGAUGAGGCUGUCGCUUUUGGUGCUGCUGUUCAGGGAAGUAUUCUUAGUGGAGAGGGUGGUGAAGAGACCAAAGAAAUCCUUCUAUUGGAUGUUGCACCUCUUACCCUUGGUAUUGAGACUGUUGGUGGAGUCAUGACCAAAUUGAUUCCAAGGAACACCGUUAUCCCAACCAAAAAGUCUCAAGUUUUCACCACUUACCAGGACCAGCAGACCACUGUCACCAUUCAGGUCUUUGAAGGUGAAAGGAGUCUCACCAAGGACUGCAGACUUCUCGGGAAAUUCGAUCUUACCGGAAUCGCACCAGCUCCAAGGGGAACCCCUCAGAUUGAAGUCACCUUUGAAGUAGACGCCAACGGUAUCCUAAACGUAAAGGCAGAAGACAAAGCCUCAGGAAAAUCCGAGAAGAUCACAAUCACAAACGACAAGGGUCGUCUAAGCCAAGAAGAAAUCGAGAGAAUGGUCCGGGAAGCCGAGGAGUUUGCCGAGGAAGACAAGAAGGUCAAGGAAAAGAUCGACGCCCGUAACAGCUUGGAAACAUACAUCUACAACAUGAAGAACCAAAUCAGUGACGCAGACAAGCUGGCCGACAAGCUAGAGUCUGACGAGAAGGAGAAGAUCGAGGGAGCUGUUAAGGAGGCCCUCGAGUGGUUAGAUGACAACCAGAGUGCCGAGAAGGAAGAUUACGAUGAGAAACUCAAGGAAGUCGAGGCUGUUUGUAACCCGAUCAUCACCGCCGUUUACCAGAGAUCUGGUGGGCCCUCAGGUGAAAGCGGUGCUGAUUCAGAAGAUUCCGAGGAGGGACAUGACGAGCUUUAAGUGAUGACUUGUGGAUUUAUUGUUAUUAGGUUUAGACUGAUGGAUCUCCUUUUGUUUGGGGAGGUUUUGGCAGGGAAAACUAAAAAAAAGAUGCAUUAUUUAGAAUGUUACAAGAGUUUUAGGGGGAAACUAGGAUGGGGAAGUGCUUUUGAAUUUUCGGGUUUCCCCUUUUCCCUUCAUCACUAAGUUCAAUUUUUGAGGGACAGUGUAUAGGAUAUUUCAACUGCUUAUAUCAGCUGAAACAACUUCUUUUUUUUUUGGUUAUUUAUGAAUUCAUAAAAGCCUCUGUUUUGACAAA